UGUCAUAUUCAACACCUUCGAUCGUUCGUCCGUCCGUCUCGGCCCCCCGGAAAAGAACCCGAUGGGUGACGACGCAUGUCGCAGCUUCAAGACAGUUUUGUCUCUUCAGCGAGAAGGGAACAACGACAACGAUGUGCACUACAAGGUGGAUGGCACGCGAUUUGGAUCUGAGAGCACUCUCAAGUUGAACGUUGAGACGGCCUACGUCCUGACAGUAUGUUUUCGGCCGCCGCAGACGUUGGACCAGGUGGCCCUGAUGGGUUCCCACUUCUCCCCCAAGGAGAAGUCUCGUGAUCUCGGUUCCUCCACCUACUGCCUGACCUGGUCUAGCCUGGGGAUGACUGUCACGAAGCACGGCAAGCGAGACAAAAUUCCUCUUGUGCUUCAGAUCCGCAAUGUCGGAGAGCUGCUGGUCAACCUGCAGGCCAAGUUCUACCGGGAGAAAGACCGCGACCACUCGACGUGGGGCAAAGUGCUGCAUCAGAUCGACCUUGACUGCCAGGUCAGCACCGCAUCCGGCAACCUCAUCGUGGGCAAGGAGAGCUUCCGGUAAUCCCCCCGGCAUUUCCUGACGCUCCUGCGCCGGAACGCCAAGCGUUCUGGUGUGGGCCUUUUAGGUGUCAGGCCUUCUAGGUGCCGGGCCUUUUAGGUGCCGGGCCUUAGGCCUACAGGUCGUAAUGGUUUGGUAUGCUCCGGUGGUAGUGACCUGUUAUGCAGCAGUCGUAUUAUAGUUGCUGGCAGGGUGAGAACGGCAGUGCGUGCACUCUCGAGACUCCCGACACGCCGAAACUUUAUCGAAGGCAGGAAGCUUGCGCUGGAGGCGUGGCAACUGAAACUCUGUUUUGUCGUUCUCGUCCUGUCGGUGAUCAGUGACUAUAGCCUGUUCAACGCUGGCCGUAUGUGUCGAUCGUAACGGAGUGUUUUUUACAGACGUUGAUUGAUUAUGCGCCAACUGUAUCGACUCUUUUUCCAAGUCAUUGUGUGUCGUGCACAAGAGACUCGUUUCAUACCGGCCAUGGGGACCCAUCACGUGGCGGCCAUCGUGGCUGUCUAGUACCUGCCACAUCGAGUCAUUACGUGCUAGUCACGAUGGCCUGCCUCAUACCUGUCAUGGCAACUCAUGUAUUGAUUGUAAUGUUCCGUGCUGUACUGGCCACAAGGACGUAGGUAUUUGUUACGCGGCAGGUUGCCUGUGCCAUAAGCGCUCCUUCUGUUCCGGCCAUAACGGUACGUCCGAUACCGGUCAUGAGGACCCGUUACGCGCUGGUCGUAAUAUCCUACUUGGAAGGUGCUGCUCAGAGAUGGAGCCGCUUACGUUACCGCAUUUGAUCUUCCUUUACGGCUUGUCAAAAAAUGGGGUGUUUUCUGCCAUAGGUGAUUGUCAAUGUUCAUCACCAUUGCCAUAGUGACCCCAGUGCCGCCACCUCUCAUCAGUGACAACUGGUUUGUACGUAUUUUUUUAAUGACAUAGUAAGUCAGCAAAUUUAUUGUUUGCCAUUGCUCUCUCUAACUCACUUUUUUCAUGCCAUAAGUUUUGUGUUUAACCAAGCUAUGGUUUUAUUGGGGGAAGUUUCGCGAAUAGGCUUGCUUAUGUUGCACUGCGUUGAAAAUGAAGAGGGUGGGGGGGGGAGUCAAGUCACUAGAUUAGUCUGGCCACCCGGUGAGUUUUGAUCAGUGCUGGCACAAAGUGUUCUCACCUGGUAUUCGCACAGAAUAAUUGGUUUACAUGGAGUGUUGAAACUUAUUGCGGGACUAUAGAUCGCCCUCAACUCAAGCCUGCUAUAUUGCGCACGGUUUUCAAGCUUCGCAGUUGACAGAAUUGCGCUUGGCGCCUUGUCUCGGUGUUUGCGGUCGGCUCUGUGACAAGCAUUUCCGAAACGGCGACCAAUUAUGCAUCCCACCUUUUGAAUUAGUCGGAGAGUUUCCUGGUGCAUCCUUGUAGCUCCUGCUUCUUGAAUUUGCGUAUUUGCCUUUUUCUUUGCCGUGAGCCACUUCAUCUUUGGCACAGUCGUGGAAGCAGGUUUGUCGAGCGAAAUGUCAAAUUUGUCGCAUGUAUGUUCAGACAGCAUGAGGUUAGUCUGCUGGUUUGCACAUUUGUGUACAAGUUUGACUGACUGCAUGGCAACUGGUUCUUGGUGCCUAUAAUGAGAUAGAGUUCCUGUAUAGGCUUCCUACAGGAGCCAAAGUUGUGCGUCGGUUUUCCACGCCGUCGCGCCACUAUUCGCCAUGAUCGUUCAUGUGAGGAGCGAAAAAUCUUGCGCCGUGCAGGAAAUCCACUGAUACGGUCAAUUUGCUGGUGUUGCACGUUCCCUAGUGUGUGUACCUCUGCUUUUGCCUUCUCCUUCUUUCCUGUUUUUCAUGCACUUCGGCGCGCGUGGCUUGCGUGGUGCGCGUUGCGCAGCUUUUUGUCAAAUUCAGCCACGUGACGAGCAAAGAAUCCCUGGCCAUGCAGGAAAGCCGGCGCUUUUUCCACUUGCCGAGGAUGAACGCGCAACUCUGGCUCCUGUAGGGAGCCUGUACAGGAGCUCUACAAUGAGAUAACGGACGGCACCAGCGAUCAGGUAGCCCUGGAACAAUUCCGAUCCACAUACAUGUACUAAAUUUUAUGCAUCAUUCUUUCACUGCGGGCUUGAAAUAAUUAUGACAAUGUUAUGCGGAGAGCAAGUCGUCUGCUUCUUGGGGAGGAGUUGUGAUGACGUCAGAACGAUUGGCUUGAAAGGAUAGGGGGUAGACCUCAAUGCUACCCACUAUUUUUUUUGAUCAGCCAAUAAGAGCUCGGCAUUCUGACAUCAUCGCUACCCCUGUGCAAGAAGCAGACGCUUGUGCUCCGCAUAAGCAAAUACUGCAAAGCUUUUGGUCUAGUUAUACAUAGAUCGCAAAUGUUCCAGGCUUUCUUGAUGGAUGCUGCCAGCAUGCCUGUUUUCUCUUGUUGCAAGCAGUCACAAGUGGUGCCAACACCAAUUUUUUUUCCAAACUCAACUUGGUUCGUUGUUCUUGCUCACGUACAGACUUUUAAAGGGAUACUGAACCAAAGAAUUUAGUGCCC